AUGGUGACAGCAGAUGCCGACCUCAACUUGGCAGCACAGAAGGCGGGAGUGGAUCUCAACGCUGACCCCGUCAUGGCAUACCUCAAGGCCAUCAAGAUCCAGACCUCGAGCACCAUUGCGGUGUACUUCAAGGACGUCAACGCCGUGCAGACCGCAGUCCAGAAACUGGCAGCUGGGAUCACCGUCAGAGGUACAGAGUACAAGCUGGGCACCGAGGACCCGGACGCCGUCACAGCAUCGUGGAUAGUCCUCUACGAGAUCGUCAAGAUGAAGUAUCAGGCCAGCAUCGCAGCAGCCGUGCCGACCCCAACCCCUACACCGACACCGAUGGCAGCAGCGAGUUCCGCCACCGACAAGGACACCAUCCCCAAAACGCUUCCAGCCGGAGUCUAUAACCAGCUCGUCAAGGACUACAACGACGUCACCUUGAAUGGCGAAAAACGUGAGUUCCCCGAGAGGGUCCUCCUUGGAGCUGACAAAGUCUUGGCACGUAUGCACCACGAACACACCGUCUCAAAGCAUUACACGGCCAUCACGCUCGGCGAGAUCAUGUCCCAGCGAGUAUUCACAGCACUGGGCACCGUGAAUGCAGCACGAAAGAAAGAUGACCUUGACAAGCGCCUCGUGGAACCAUCAGACUGGGACGUCAGGGGCCUCAAUAUGAUUCAAGACGGCAUCGACGCAGUUCGCUGGGCUUGGAUCCUCAUCAAGUUUGGCACCGAGAAGGCAGUCAACAAAUAUUGCGAUUGGUGGAUCACCUUGGUCCGCCGGAACUCCGCCAAACUUCCCCAGAUCAAGACGCUGUGGGAAUCCUUCGCAUGGGACAUCGCCAUGAGAAUGAGACAGACAGAGACCUUCAGCACCAUCACCGAAGAGCUCAUGGCAGACCUGGCCACCGUCAAUGACGCCCUCAUGCAGUCCCCCAAGAAGAAGCAGAGGACAACAGACAACCACGACCGCUACCAGGAGCGCCUCAAGGGCAACAAAGCCAACGGGAAGGGCCGUGGCUACAAAGGGAAGGGCAAAGGAUACAAGGGAUGGAAUCAACAAUACAACACCCCGCAAUGCCGGCGCAGACAGCAAGCCCAGCUUCAGCAACCCAAGGGCAAAGGCAAAGACCAGAAAGGCAACAAGGGCCGCGGACGAGAGCCUGGAGCCGACCCAACGAAGAACAGUAACUGUCCAUCAGACCUUACCACCGAGGUGACGGGGUCGGGUGGACAGAAACGGAUCCAACAGUUGUCGUACAAACUUUUCCACGAUACAUCAGUGGUGCACCUCAGCUUCUUCGAUGGGAUUGGAGCACCCAGCUUGGCCUUCCUCAACCUGGGGAUGCAGCCGGUACUCACCAUGAGUAGGGAGAUUGACGCCGAGUGCAUCGCGGUUCUCGAUGAGCACUUCGCACCGAUCCACAUGGGGGACAUCACCGCCUUCAACAUCGACGAUUACCCA